CUCCGGGCACCUUCACCCUCCCGGCCGGGGUGAAGUCCCCGUCGGCGGUCUAAAGCUGUUUCCACUUCAAGAUAUUGUUUUUCACUGGUUCCCGGGUCAAAAUCUUCAUAAAACAUAGUGACCAAUUACUCUGACAUUUGCAGUGAAAUCCAUCGGGAAGUGAUUGAACUGAAUGUGUUUACCAGCGCAGUCACAUUGAAACUGAAAGUGGUUUGGAUCAGGAAGUGCUGAGUGUGAACAUGGCUUCCAGACAGCAGCUCCUGAGACUGACCGAGGAGGCAAUUUGUCCCAUUUGUCUGGAUUUCUUCACCGAUCCGGUUACACUGGAGUGUGGACACAACUUCUGCCGCUCCUGUAUCUCCCAGAGUUGGGAAAAGAAGGAGAUAAACUCCUGCCCGGAAUGUAGAGAGGAGUUUCCGGAAAGAAACCUCAGGGUAAAUCGGGCCUUAGCGAAUCUGGCCGAGGAGGCUCGAAAAUUAAAGCUGGAUCCGACAGAGAAGGAAAGUAAACCUCACUGUGAGGAACACCAGAGAGAACUGGAGCUGUUUUGUGAAACUGACAAGAAAUUGAUCUGUCUGAUUUGUAGAGAUUCGCGGGAACACAGAGAGCACCGCUUCCUGCCGAUCAAUGAGACUGUUGAAAUCUACAAGAAUAAGCUGAAAUCUUCCUUAGAUUCUCUCACAGAGAAGAAAUCAUCAGUUCUCCAAGCUGAACUGACCCAGAAACGGAAGAUUUCCGAAGUGAGGGAACAGGCGAGCAGUCUGCAGACCCACAUCACAUCCGAGUUCACUAAAAUGCACCAGAUUCUCACUGAGAAAGAGCAGCGUUUACUCAGAGAUCUCAGGGAAGAAGGGGAGAGGAUUGUAGAACCCAUGGAGAAAAACCUUCGAGAGAUUCAGGAGAAUUUAAAUUCUAUUGAGGAGGAACUCUCAAAGUUGCAGAAACAGAUGGAGCAAAAAGACGAGCUGAUGUUUCUGAAGGAGGCAGCUUGUCGGAAGAGAAGGAUUAGUGAUGAUGACAUGAAACUCUCAGCUGCUGAUGGCUCUCUGUCUCUCGGACAGUUCACCGGCCCUUUACAGUACACUGUCUGGAGAGAAAUGAUACACACCAUUCACCCAGCUCCAGCCUCUCUGACUCUGGAUCCGAACACAGCGCAUCCCCGGCUCAUCCUGUCUGAGGACCGGACCAGUGUGAGACUCGGAGACAAACGGCAGCCGCUCCCUGACUCCCCGGAGAGAUUUGAUCCCUGGCUCUGUGUCCUGGGAUCAGAGGGAUUCACAUCAGGGAGACAUUACUGGGAGGUGGAGGUGGGGGAGAAGACCUGGUGGGAUCUGGGAGUGGCCCGAGAGUCUGUGGAGAGGAAAGGGGUGACCAUCCUGAGCCCGGAGACUGGAUUCUGGAUUGUGGAGCUAUAUCCCGGAUGGGGUUAUUUUGCCGCCACCUCCCCCUCACCGACCCCCCUCUCCCCGAGUGUGAAUCCCCGGAAGAUCGGGGUUUUCCUGGACUAUGAGGGUGGACAGGUGUCAUUUUACAAUGCGGACACCAUGUCCCAUCUCCACACUUUCACCCACACUUUCACUGAGAGGAUCUUUCCCAUCUUCUUUCCGGGAGGGAAUGACGGCGGGAAAAACUCCGCCCCGCUGACAAUCUGCGGGAUUAAAGGGCACUGACAGAUCCAUACCAUAAUUUCACCCCGUCCCCCUGCCUCCUGCCAGCUGUAAACUGAUGGGGGUCGGUCUCAGUCUGGGGGAGAGAAGGAGGGGGAGAGAAGAAACAAAUAGAAGCUCAAUUGUAGAGAGGGACUGACUGGGUAGAAUGAGCUGUGAGCUGCAGGAACCCGGGGACCUUCCUGCCUAUAAUGUUGCUCCACAGGCGGGAGGUGGCGCUACAUGACGGUGUUGGAGAUGAAUCAGUCAGUGGGUCUCAGACUGGGCUCAGGGGAGUCUUUCCAGGGGGAUACCAAAUCAUUUCACUGCAGGGUCAGUGGAGUCUUUCCAGGGGGACACCAAAUCAUUUCACUGCAGAGUCAGUGGCGUCUUUCCAGGGGAACACCAAAUCAUUUCCCUGCAGGGUCAGUGGGGUCUUUCCAGGGGGACACCUAAUCAUUUCCCUGCAGGGUCAGUGGAGUCUUUCCAGGGGGACACCAAAUCAUUUCACUGCAGAGUCAGUGGAGUCUUUCCAGGGGGACACCAAAUCAUUUCACUGCAGGGUCAGUGGAGUCUUUCCAGGGGAGACACCAAAUCAUUUCACUGCAGGGUCAGUGGAGUAUUUCCGGGGGAACUGGGCUCAAUCAGAAUAAAAACAUCAGCCUGAUCUUGUUUAGACUUCCACCAUGUGUCAGUAAUGUGUAUUCCACACAUAAUUUGAUAACGUUGAGAAACUGGUCUUGUUUUGCUCAGGUCUGUAACUAUUGCCCAGAAUGUUAACUGCCCUUUCGUAAAAUUGGAACAUUUGAAAACCCCAGAUUUGAAAGUGAUGGGUGAUUUGAUUAUUUCUGUCAUGAUCAGAUCAUAUUUAACCAUGAUUGAAAUCGUUCAGUUGGUGCAGUCAGUUAUCAGUUAUCCCUGAGUUAUUGCUCUCUCAUCUCAUUUACAGUGAAAUAAUCCUUAAGUCACACCAAAGGAAAUGUCUGUUUGAUAAAACGCUCGCACUCUACUACGCACAGAACCUAUUCAGCCUUUUGAUGUCUAUGUUUAUGUAAUUAUCAUUUAUAUAGGAGUGCAGUAUCAAAUUUGUUUGUUCUUCAAUCAAAUCAAUAUCUGCGAUUCUCGACAGUGAAAGCAAGGCUUCUAAAAAAAGGACUUCAUCAAUAAAUCCAAGAGAGUUGUCAUUUUAUUUGAAAAUUUCUCCAGAACAUGUAUUCUUAAAGCUCAUAUUCCAACUUCAUCUCGAUUAUUUCAAAAUUCACCGUUUUGAGUCAGUGGAGUGUUAGUUACCGGGAAAAUGAUCCCACGGUUACUCUGGACCUUCAGUUAUUGCUUCCUUCGGUAAGGUCUUAGAGUCAGAGAUUGAUAGAGUCCUACAUCACAGAGAAUAGGCCUUUUGGCCCAAACUAGUCCAUGCCAACCAAAAGGUCUAUCCACACUAACCUCAUUUCCUUGCACUUGGCCCAUAUCCUUCUAAACAUUUCCUGUCCAUGUAUUUCUCCAAACUUCCUUGAAAUGUUGUUAAUGUGCCCAUCGCAACCACUUCAGCUGGCAGCUUAUUCCGUAUGCAAUCCACCCUCUGUGUAAAAUCAUUGCCCAUUUUAUUCUUUCCCCUCUCACUGGAAACUGAUGUCCUCUCUUCCUUGAUUCUGCAACCCUGUGUUAAAGACUGAGUGCAUUCACCCUAUCCAUACCUCCCAUGAACUUAUUCACUUCUCUAAGUAUCUCCGCUCAGUCUCGUCCACUCGAAAGUAAAAUGUCUUCGCUUGUCCAACCUUUCCCUAUAACUCAGACACUUGAGUCCAGGUAACAUCCUUGUAAAAUUCUUUUGCACACUUUCCAGUUUAAUAACAUCCUUCCUACAGCAAGGUGACCAAAACUGAACCCAAUACCCCAAGUGCAGCUUCACCAAUGUCCUGUACAAUUGCAACAUAACUUCCCAACCUCUAUACUCAGUGCCCUGACUGAUGAAGGCCAGUAUGCCAAAAGCCUUCUUCAUUGUCCUGCCCACCUGUGACUCCACCUUCAGAGAACCAUGCACCUGAACUACAAGUCCCUCUGUUCUACUACAUUCCUUAUGACCCUAACAUUCAUCAUGAAAUGCCCACCUUGAUUUGACUUUCCAAUUCGCAGGACCUCAGACUUAUCUAUAUUAAACUCCAUUUGCCAUUUCUCAGUCCACUUCCCCAGCUGAUCAAGGUGGUGGUGCAAUUUCUGAGAAACUUCCUGAUUGUCGACAAUACCGCCUAUUUUAGUGUUAUCUGCACAUUAUCAUGUGGUGGUCAGUGGGAACGUCCACAUGUUUCAGAUCGUGAAGCUGUAAAGGCACAUGGAUAGGGUAUUCAACUGGUCCAAGUCCAAUCCCUUUUCCCCUCCUGCCCUCCAAUAUUGUUUUUACAGUCAAACUUUUAUUCAAUUUUGUAAUAUUGU